UACCUGCCAUGCCCACGCAGACAACGGCCACGGGUGAUUGCGCCAUGAUGAAUAGCGUCAAGUAAAAUUUCUCUCAGUGCUGCUCUUUCCCGUGUGUAAUAUUGCUCGAGUAGUAAAAACUCUCUAGUAUGUAUCACCGCAUGAGACACGGGAGAAUGAGAGCUGUGUGAUGGUCGAGGAAAUAAAAAAAAAAAAUAAAAAAAAAAGGAAAGAAAAAUUCGAAUAAUUUCUUCCAAACGCGCGGGGAAUACUUCUUGAGGAUCUGCUCGGGUGGAGUCCAAAAGGCCGGCCAGACGUCAUUAGCGCCUUUUCCGCUUUAGUCUUUUGUUUCGGCAGUUUCGCCUUUCGAACUUUCACUGCACCACCUGUAUCACACCGCACGGGUCACUCCUAACACCAGUGAAUAUGGCUCUGGAGGAUUUUGAAAAGUCAUUGGCGGAGGAUCAGGAGAGACGGCGCGAGAAGAGCGACAAAGAACGGCAUCGGCACCGCGACCGAGACCACAGUCGGGAUCGCUCCAGACACCACCGCCAUCAUCACCAUCGCCGCCAUUCGUCCAGAUCCAGAGAGCGUGAAUCCGAUCGGCACAGGGAUUCGCGACACAGGGAUGAGGACAGACAUCGGCAUAAACGAUCACGCCAUUCUACCGACCACGGAGACGAUCGCGACCAUGCCCAUAAGCGCCGACAUCGACAUGAAAGCCGAGACGACGAAGCGUCGGCCCCGAAGGAGGAAGUCCAGGAGGAACCGACUCGCUUAAAGAGAGAUGCAUGGAUGGAAGCUCCAUCGGCGCUGGACAUUGACUACGUGCAUCGGCGUGAUACGACGCGAUUAGAGGAGGAGCCAAAGCCCAAGAUGCUACAAGCAGACUUUGAGCUCAAGAUUCAUGGCAGGGAACUGAAUCAACAUUUGCACGAUCUUAAGGACGGAAAGGCAUUAGAGGAAAUCCAGGAAGAGCAGGCGCAACACGAUGUUGACUACACUUUCGGCGACUCUGGCUCACAAUGGAGAAUGACUAAACUGAAUGCCGUUUACAGGGAAGCGGAGGAAAGUGGAAAAUCAGUGGAGGAAAUUGCUAUCGAGCGCUUCGGAGAUCUACGUUCCUUUGAUGAUGCACGCGAGGAAGAGGCAGAAUUAGAUCGUCGCGAGCGGUACGGCGAGGGCUAUGUAGGUAAAGAAAAGCCAUCGGGUGAACUUUUCCAAGAGAGAAAGCUACAGGAGGGCGUCCAUCGGGAUACACACGAGCAUGUCCGGAACCCUGAACAGGAACUAGAAGCUCACGGCCAGGGCAAACCGAUCGAUACAGAACCGCCCCAGAAUACUUCGCAACCUCUUGACUUAACCGCGCUCAACCGCCUUAAGGCGCAGAUGAUGAAAGCAAAGCUCAAAGGCUCUUCUGAUGCUGGCGAGCUUGAAGAGCAAUACAAUGCCGCCGCGGCAGCCAUGGCGAACCGGAAGGACCCUGGUGUUGUGGUGUUGGGGGUCCAGCAGAACCGGAUGCUUGCUGGCAAGAGAAAUGAAGUCAAAGCUGUGGAUACUAAACGAGGCCGGGAGAGGGGCCAAGUAGAAGAGAACGAGGAUAUGAGCAUUGAAGAUAUGCUUCGCGAGGAGCGAAGAACCCGAGAUCAGUUAGGAGGAGAAGGAAAACGGCUUGCGGAGAGAAUAGCAAAAGAUGCCAAAUUCGAGAAUGAUUUGGAGUACAUGGAUGACAACGCCUCCAAACUAGCACGACGGGUGCAUCAGUCUGAAAUCAACCUUAAGAACACGACUAUCAGUGAAUUCCAAAAGCUGAACCGAAUCUUGGAUAAUUGCCCUCUUUGUCAUCAUGAGGAUACGAAUACCCCGCCUAUUGCCCCUGUGGUAUCUCUGGCGACCAGGGUUUAUCUUACUCUUCCCACCGAGCCAGAACUCAAUCAAGGGUGUGCUACCAUUGUCCCCAUUCAACACCGGACGAAUCUUCUAGAAUGCGAUGAUGAUGAAUGGGAGGAAAUCCGCAACUUCAUGAAGAGCUUGACCCGCAUGUAUCACGACCAAGGCCGCGACGUUAUCUUCUAUGAGAAUGCAGCCCAGCCUCAUCGAAAGAGGCACGCGACAAUGGAGGUGGUGCCCUUGCCAUAUGAGCUGGGGGAGACUUCUCCUGCCUUCUUCAAAGAGGCUAUUCUCGCGGCAGAGUCAGAAUGGUCUCAACACAAAAAGUUAAUCGACACGCUGGCUAAAUCUAAGCAAGGAUUGGGCCGAUCUGCCUUCCGCCGUACGCUGGUGAAAGAGAUGCCGUACUUCCAUGUCUGGUUCGAACUGGACGGAGGUUUAGGGCAUGUAGUCGAGGACGACAACCGCUGGCCCCGAGGCGACCUCUUCGCACGCGAAGUCAUCGGGGGAAUGUUGGAUUUAGCUCCAGAUGUGAUCAAGCGGCAGGGCCGCUGGAACCGUGGAGGUGAUCGACGAGUUGAUGGGUUUAAGAAACGGUGGAGGCGAUUCGACUGGACGAGGGUGCUUUUUGAGGGGCAAACCUAAGUUCCUACUCUCCAUGUUCAUUUGACCGCAAUAUAAAGGAUUUUAGGAGCCUCUUGUUAUAUAUCUUUCUUCUCCCGAAGCGGAUUAAUCAUGCACACCGUUAUUGACCAUAGCGACUGUUGUAAUUCCACCAUGUUGCGCCUUCAUCUGUAUGAGCUGGUAACCGUUUGUGCACCAGGAUGCUUUUGUAGAACCACCUUGGAAAAUUUGGACCAAUGCAAAUAUCAAUACUUAUGGCGCUGAUCCAUCCGUCGUUCGCCUUGUAUCGGCGGUUUUCCGAACCUUGAAUAAGUCCGGGGGCUUGUUGAUAGUCCACUUUACCCGCGGGUACUCAGUCGGAGAUUCCCAUGUAUAGAGCCAUUGUCAUCGCGGAUAUCUCCGACAUGAACGCCUCUUC